ACGCAGAGGGAGUAGAAUAUGGCGCUGUCCAGAAAGAGUAGUACGAAACAGCAUGAGCAAAUUAUUAAUAUGUGGUAUUUUGACGCAAGCGUUUAUUACGCAUUAGAUUCUUUCCGAAAUGAAGAUUACUACAGCUUCGUUCAGUUCAGGAAUAUUAUCGAAGCGUUGGUGGACAGGCCCAUCGAUGGACACAGUGAAGUGACGAUAAAAUUACGUUUCAUGCAGUUUCUAUCACGGAUAAACGAUGGGGACAAACUCAACAGUAUGUUUCAGGAGCCUUUAACACCACUGGAAUCAGCUCUAACCAUACUAGAACAUAUUUGUUCAGAAGUGAGUGUUUCUCAAAAAGACAUGGCGCAAGUACAGACCUCUAUCUGGGAAAUGCUUAUUACUGUUUGCAUCAAGAACAGUCAGGAUGAAAAGGGCAAAGAGAUGCUAGAGAAAUACUUUCCCAAGGAAAAGGAUUCAACAGGAAAGAGAAAGCUGUUUAUGGAUCUUCUUCAACAGAGCUGCAGGACACGGGGUUUACUGAGCUUGGUGCCUCCACUGAGAUCAUACAAUGAUUUCAAACAGGAAAUGAUGGACUUUAUCGAUAAAAUCUACCGUCUUCCAGAGCCUUUUCUGGUCAAGAUGGUGAGGCUCUCAAAACAAGGGCGGCAUAUUGGUGAGGAGAUUGUCAGAAAGCCUCAGGCCAAUAGGACUUCAGAAGGGCACUCGUCUGUACAGGACCAAACCAUCCGAGACCCGGGACGGUCGGGUACACAGACACCUGUAGAACACGCUUGUCUGAGUUCAGGACAGAACAUGCCAGCCAAAAAUCGGCCCAUUGUAUCCUCCAAUUAUCUGGUCACAUUCCAGAUGAGCCAGCUGGAGGCCAUCUAUCCAGUGCUUGCCAAGCAGCAGUCUGUCUCAGUUCCUUUCUCUCAGCUGGUAGAGGAGGUGGAGAGGGAGGCGCAGCAGGAGAGCGAGGUAGAGCCCCACCUGGCGGAGCUUCAUCUCUGGCUCUCGGAGACACCAGGGGGACAGGGUUCAGAUGCAGAGCAGCAGAGAGCAAAUGUGGGCGAGCAGCAGGUGCCUGAUGCAGGCGUUGAGCCCCAACCAGAAUGUGCUGAGCAGGCUGUCAGCAAACCGUCGUGCACUGCCUGGCAGGCCAAAGAGUCCGUCCAGAAAAACCACAUUACUGACCAACCAGUGGAGCAGGAGCAGAGGAGCCAGUCAGCCGUCACUGUAGUAAGCGAUAGUUUCUUGGAGACCCCUCUGUCUCACACUGGCUCCAUUUUUGGGGACGUGAACGCUGCCACAACAGAAAGCAAACGUGCCCAUCCGCCUGCUAUUUUGUUGGAAGAGGGCGACAAAGAGCCAGGUGAGGCUGCUUCGGCCAUCACGGUGGCUCAGCUGGUGAUGGAGGAGGACAGUCAGCUCAGUGGAUUCGAAGACGGUGCUGGGGAGCUGGUGGGACCCAACAAAGAGGAUCCCCUCAGCUCAUUGCCCACCUGCUCCACGCCACCUGUUAGGAAACAUCGUAGGCCGGUCACCAACAGGAAGAGCCUCCCCAGCGAGCCCGAACCUGCGUCCCCCCAGCAGCCCAGCGAGCCCCAGAACUGCUCCACCCCCAGCAGGUUGGGCUCCCCCAGCAUAUCUACACCUAACUGUACACCUGAAGAGGAGCCCCGCAGACGGACAGAGAAGAGGCGACACGGGGAGACCAUGGACGGAAGUGGAGGCGGAAGGGAAAGUGGAGGCAGCACGGCAAUGGACUCUCCUCCAUCAGGCAGACAGAAUGCCCCCACCCGUAAACGGAACAGGUGGAUGGAAGUGUCUGGGGUUCAGGAAGAGUGGAGUGAUGAGGAAUCCCUGUUUGCGACCUCUAAUAGAUCUAGCAAGGUAGUUCAAGGAUCAUCAAGCAGUGAUGGCCAAAGUAGAAGAAAGAUGUGGACUGAGGAAGAAUCCAGCUGGGUAAAGCAAGGAGUGGAUCGUUAUGGUGAAGGUCGAUGGGAGAAGAUCAAGAGGGCGUUCCCUUUCAAAGGCCGUACAGCAAAAGACCAGCCUAGUGGCACACCAUGGACAGGUGAAAGACAAAUUUCUACAAAUGUCAAAAUCAGUAGACUUGAAUGAAGAGUUCAUAAUUAUUUCGUCUAAGAGAUAUUAAAGGAGUUGGAUACUUAA